UGCUGUAUUUGCAUGUUAAUAGUUAAUAAAAAAUGGAUACAGUGCUGUAGAAUAUCACUACAAGAUGAGAAACUAAAUAUCGCGAUAUUCAAGUGAAUUAAAUAUUUUUUCACCACUGUUUCCUUUAUGUACCGCUGUUUACAACGAACGGGGUGAAGAGAUGCUAAUUUUGGCCUAAUCCUAAACGUUGUUGUUGUUUUACAAUUAGCGACAUCUAGUGUUGAAGUUACAAUGUGUAGCUUUAAUUAUUGUGACCAUUAAAUUAGUUCUUUUCAGUUUAUGUACUUUGCGCUAAAGAAAACGUGCUAAUCUGACAUUGUCACCUCUGUAGAAAUUCCCUGUUCCAGAUGCUAGUAAAGAAAAAUCAAACCAGGUAAGAACACAUUUAUUAAAUAUUACAAAAAAACCCCAAUAAAAGUGGAAAAUAAAUAGGAAUUAAACUGAAUAAACCAUCUCAGUCGAACCAUUUUCAUUUACACUCUGAUGUGACUGAUAAAUUAACGUAGCAUAUUCCCGGCACUCAUGUUUCCUUCCUCGGGGUGCUUCCGAGAAAGUUUAAAAAUAAUUCAAUUUUCUCGUAAGGACUAAUAUUUCUGUCCGAGACGUUUGUUGUUAACAUAAACAACAACUUAACAGUUUGUGGCGGAGUUAGUGUGUGUGUGUGUGUUUGUUGCAUCAAUAACUGUGAUCUGCUGAUGUUCAUCGGUUGUUAUUGUCUAACGUUUCAAUCCAUUUUUCCUUCAGUUUGACAUUGGAACCGACGUGAUCAAGUUAACAGGAAACACGAGAUGCACAGCGGAAGUCAGACGCUGCUCCUUCGUCAUAAAAGUCUCCUGCUGGUUCGGACGUGUUACAAACAGGUCGGCAGUUUUAUUUUGAACCAAUGAACAGUUCCGCUGUUCCUGCUGGUUGUUGUUGUUGUUGUUGAGUUGAUUCUGAUCUGUUUAAAGCCGAGUUGAGAAGUAGAUGCAGUUGAAGUCGCGUGUGUCAAGCUAAUGUCAGCGAACUCCGUGUCCCUCCGAGAUAAACACAUUUAGUCUGGACUGAAGGAGAAGACGGAAGAUUUCUCUGGUUUUUCUUUCAUUUCGUUGAUUUUUCUUUUGUUAAUUGAAGAAUGGGCUGCGCUAUUUCAGGUCUGGCAGCAAAAACGGACUUUGUGGAGAGGAACAUGGAAGAAGACGGAGCUGCUGCUGCUGCUGCUGCUCAGCCCAGUGACGACCAGAUCCAGAUGAUCAAGGAGUCCUGGAAAGUUAUCCGGGACGACAUAGCAAAAGUUGGGAUUAUAAUGUUCGUGAGGUUGUUUGAGACUCAUCCUGAGUGCAAGGACGUCUUCUUCCUGUUCCGACACGUGGAGGAUCUAGAGAAACUGCGGACCAGCCGGGAACUCAGGGCACAUGGUUUACGGUCAGUCAAUAACACAGCACAUAAACAUAAUCAAUCACUGGAAGCAGAGGAUACAACAUCCUGCACAAAGGGUGGGAGUGAAACAAAAUCCAGCUCCCAGCAGUCACUACAUCAUGGAUGUUUGAAAGCUAUUCAUCUGAUCUGUCUCACAGAACAAAAUACUCUUUCCAUGAAAUAAAUAUUUAAAAAUAAUGUUUUUAUCAGCAAUUACAAAAUGUAUAAUCUAUGCUAUAGAUAUAUAUAAGUGCAGAACACAGAUCUUCAGUAAGUGGUUUGUGAUCACUGUGGUGUCUGCCAAUGUUAUGAUUUUUUGAGAAACAUGCAGGAAAAGAUAACAUUUAAAAAAAUAAUUUUUCAAAAAUUUUCAUCACAAUUGUUUAGUUUUUGACCAAAAAUGAUGCAGAAAAUUCACAUUUGAACAGAAAACUUUAUACAGAAAUAUUUCUAAAAAUGUUCUCUAAAUGCCCAAAUCUUAUGAGAAACAUGCAGAAAAAAAUAACAUUUUUAAAAAUAAUUCUACAAACAUUUUUCGUCAAAUGUUUUACCUUCUGACCA